AAAACACAUUUCAAACUAUAUUUGUCCUGCUCUCAAGUCUCAACUCCCUACAUAUAUAUAGCCACAGUUUAACUUUUAAAGUAUCUGAAGAAGAAGACGAAGAGAGGUCAUGUCUUGCUCUGUUAAGAGUGGAUUUGCGAUGGUGUUCUGUUUCAUUCUUCUGAUUUUGUCAUACAAUGUUGGAUGCACCAGUGCUCGCCGCCUAGGGCAUCAUCAUAAGCAUCAUCACAAGGCUGCUUCUUUGCUGCAAAACGUAGUCAAUGGUGACGGGAGGAGGAGGGUGCUGGGUGGAGUCGAGACAGGUGAAGAAGUAGUGGUCAUGGACUAUCCUCAGCCUCAUCGUAAGCCUCCCAUCCACAACGAGAAGGCUUGAUUGCUCAGAUCCUUACCUCUUAUCUAUAUAUAUAUCAUACUGUUAUAUGCAAUAUGCAUUCACCAUGUCGGUGGUUGUAAUGACUCUUCUUGUGCUACUGCUACAUAUAUAAAAGAUAUUCGU